UCUCAGUCCCAUGUCGCCAUCUGCCAGAAGAGGAAAAAUAUUCCAAAGCACAUGAUACGACUUAGUUGUUGGAAAACAAACUGGCUUGAGGAAUAAAUGACAUUGAAAUAGUGUCGUGCAUAACAGGUGCGCUCCUAUCCUGCAGGAAGACGCCCGCUGGAGAGCAGGUGAACUUUCUAACUUGGCAACACUACUAAUAGUGGACUGACUGGAAUGGCUCCGGAGACUAAUUGAGUGGUAAAUGCGAUGAGGGCUUUCCAAAUGCCGAGGUUGUAAGACGUCGGACUCAAGUGCAACGGGGGAAGGAAGUGGUCAGUAGAGGCCGGUGGUCGUCGUGCAGCUUGCGGCAGACAUGGUCGUCGAGGGGGAGCGGACGCUGCUGGCCGCAAGGCAGGGUGACGUGCAAACACUCAAAGCGGAGUUUGCGUCAAAGGGGCUCACCAGAGACGUGAAGGAUGCGCUGGGGGCCUCCCCGGUGCACCACGCAGCCCGGGCGGGCAAGCUGGCUUGCUUGCGCUUCCUGGUGGAAGAGGCCGGGCUGCCGGGUCACUGCCUGGCCCACAACGGAGCGAGCCCGGCGCACGACGCCGCAGCUACCGGCAACCUGGCGUGUUUACAGUGGCUGCUGACCCAGGGUGGAUGUCGGCCAGAGGACAAAGACAGUUCUGGCGCCACCAUUCUCCACCUGGCCUCCCGCUUCAGUCAUCAUGAGAUCACAGACUGGCUCCUCAAGAGUGGGGAGGUGGACCCCGGGACCGCCACUGACACAGGCGCCCUCGCUGUCCACUAUGCUGCUGCCAAAGGAGACCUGUCCUCGCUCCGACUGUUACUGGGGCACAGCCCAAAUUUUAUCAACUCCCAAACUAAAAAUGGUGCCACACCACUCUACCUGGCUUGCCAGGAGGGCCAUCUGGAGGUCAUCCAGUACCUGGUCAAGGACUGUGGAGCUGAUCCACUCAUCAGAGCCAAUGAUGGGAUGACACCCCUGCAUGCUGCUUCCCAAAUGGGCCACAACACAGUCAUUGUCUGGCUGAUGAGUUUCACUGAGAUUAGCCUGAUGGACAAGGACGGCGACGGGGCCACAGCUAUGCACUUUGCAGCCAGUCGUGGUCACGCAAAAGUUCUCAGCUGGUUACUGCUACACGGUGGUGAGAUAGUCACCGACAACUGGGGAGGGACGCCACUUCAUGACGCCGCGGAGACCGGCGAACUAGAGUGCUGUCAGAUUCUGGUAGUCAACGGGGUGGAUCUCGGCAUCAGGGACCAGGAUGGCUUCACAGGAGCUGACCUCGCUGAAUACAACGGACACUUCCAGUGUGCUAAGUAUUUGCGCACUGUCGAAAACAUGAGUGUGGAGCAUCGGGUUUUGUCUCGGGACCCCUCGCUGGAUCUCGAGUACAAGGAACCUGAAAACAAGCAACAAGAUUCGGGCCUUUCGUCCCCAAACACCACCAUGCCUCCUGCCAGCCAAGCGGCGCACUUCGAGAUGAGUUCACCAUCCAGCUCUUUGUCUAACUACGAUUCGGCCAACUCCAGCCAGUCCAGUACCGGCGAGAAGAGGAGCAGCUUAACGUUGUCUCGUGGCCAAGAGCUGAACACAGUGGCGCACACAGGUGCCUCAGAGACGGUCAUCUCUGACAUGCAAGCAUACAUGGACAUGCUGAACCCAGACAUCGACCCAGACAGGUCCAAGAAGAGUCAUGACUCUGUUUCAAUACUACCUCCACCGCCCACUUAUCCACCCCCUCCUCCCCCAAAGUCCCCACCGCUGCCCCCGCCACCCCCGGGCUAUCCCGCACCGAAGCCCCCACAGGAGCCAUCUUCGGCAGAGUUUCUGAAAGUGAAGAGCAACUUGCGCCACGUGGAGGGCAACAGCAGGAAGAAGGAGCAGCUGACGGUGGGAGAAACCCAGGACAAAUUACGGCGUGUUGAUUCCAAUAGAAAGUCGAGGAGCAUCAAUAAGCAGCCCAGCACUGGGGACUACUACAAGACGCUGGGGAGUGACGUCGCCGAGCUCCGUGGGAGCAAAGUCAUGCCACCAAAUGAGGAGGGCUCCGUGUUACUGGACGAGCCUGCUGACGGCUCCAAGCCGACAUCUGAAAACGGCACCACAGAGGAAACGGUCCCGGCACCACCGCCGCCGCCUCCUCCUCCACCACCACCAAGCAACCCAACACCAACACCCCCUCCACCCCCUCCCUUGCCACCAGACACGCCACCAACCCAGAACGUGUCCACGAGCAACAUCUCCAACAAACAGCGACGUGGAUCUUCCUCAUCUGGAAGCGGGGGUCUCUCUGCCCCGCAGGGAGAGGGAGGGACACUAAGACAAAUGAAAAGCACAAAAUCUUUCAACAUGAUGUCCCCCACUGGUGAUAACUCAGAAUUGCUGGCAGAAAUCAAAGCGGGAAAGAGCCUGAAGCCCACACCUCACAGUAAAGGCUACACCACUGUCUUUUCCAACAGCGGGCCAACAGGCAGCAAUGGAAACAACAUAUCUCCACCAGAAACUAGAGCUUGUAGCCCACCACCCAAGACGUCAUCCCCAGUGGCGUCCAAUAUGUCGGCCACCUCCCCACCGACAACGCCGUGUACCACAUCCAGUCCAACUGGCUCGGGAAGCUUCAGGACUAUGUCAGCCUCAGCAAGCUUCGAGCAACUGCACUUCAACUCCAUAAUCAAUGGGAGUAGCGUUGCGGGCACGGCGAGAAAGUCAAGCCUUGCUGAUGUGGAGGCGCUCGUUCCCACCCACGACGAGCAGGGAAAAGCCAUCCCCGAAUGGAAGCGGCAGGUGAUGGUGCGAAAGCUUCAGGUCAAAGUCCAAGAAGAGGAAGAGCACAAACGCAAGGCCGAUGAGGAGGCAGCACGCCUGGCAUCCAUGCCCGCCUGGAGGAGAGACAUGAUGAAGAAGAAAAUGGACGAAGAGAGAUGUGACAGGGAACAAAAGAGGAAAGCAGAGGAGGAAGCCAAACAGGCCAAGGAGGUGGAGGAGAAGACGGAGCAGGAGCGCCUGAGGAUCCUGGGUUACGAUGAGACCAAGCUUGCCCCUUGGCAACGGCAGAUCAUCCUGAAGAAAGGUGACAUCGCCAAACAGUGACCAGGCCUUUUCUUCUGCUCAUGGGACCCUCCCCAUCACUGACCCAGCCGACCACAACUCUUAAGGCCUUCACUGAUCGCUUCUCUCUCCUUGAUGUUUGGCUGUGCCCUCAGCGCGGGAGAGCUCACCGGCUCUCCCGAUGAUGUCCCGUCUUUGUCUCUCAUGGUCCAGACACCGAACCGUUACGGGGGAUUGCGGCUGUGACCUUGGCGCUUGUUGAAAGCCUCAUUGAGGCAACUUUUAAGCGUUAGUAUAGCUUUGGCACGCACUGGUUGCCCUCACAUAAGACAUCUUCUUUUAACUGCACGUGUCCUUAAUUCAGACCUGUUUGCGUUAUUGCAAAUUCAGUGUAAUCACUUGGACUUUCUCAAACAAACGGAAAGGGGUUAGAAGAGCGGUCAUUAAAUUCAUGUUUUGUACAGUACCCACACUCGCUGUUAUGUAACAGCAUUGACAUAGGCCUACUAAUCAAUGCAUCUACUGUAUUUCAUGAGAAACAUUUUUGUAUAACACUCAAAGAAGCGUAAUCUUUACUUUACUGCAACUGCUGUCAUUCUUCCAAGAAGCAAUUCUUCUACUUUUACAGAAAUAAGAACUCACGUUUUCUGGAUGUGAACAUAUGAGCAAAAGUUAAUUCAUGUCGAUAACAUACGCACGUGUUCAUUUUCAAAAUCAGCGCUGGAAAAUUCCAAGGCUAUAUUAAUCUUAAUUCGUUUUUCUAUUUCCGUUAAUGCUAUGAUUGUUGUGUGCAUAGUUUGUACCAAGAAUGUUGUAAUUUAUUAAGCAUACAAAACCAAGGUCGCAGAUAUCCAGUUACAGCAAAGUACAGCUAAAGUUAAGCACAGGUAAUAUUGUUAAAAUACUGCGGGCUAUUUGGAAAAAGGCUUGUCUAUUUUUACAGGAGGCAGUUUGUCAACAGACACUGCGUAUUGCACAUGUAGAUAAUAUUAAUCAGUCCCUGGAUAUGUGUUUUUUUUUUUUUUUUUUUUACAGAACACUUGGUAGUACUGUAACUGGGUUUUUAAAUGAUGUCGGAUAACACAUUUGACAAACGAUAUAAGUGAAUUGUUUACAAUAGAUAAUCAGUGCACACCUCAUGUCAUCAUUAUUAGGAAAUAACUGACUUUCAUUAGCUGCCAUAUGAAAUUGAAAUUUAAAAGAUGUAAUCGCCAUUUGAUUUUUCUAUGCGUAUACAGUCUGUAUAUAGUCACCCUCUCUGAUUAUGAUAAUUUCAGUGUUUGCAUACUGGAUCUCAGCCUUGAUUGGAUAGAAUGUUGGCUAAUACACGCAAGCAUGGUUAUGUUUUCAUUUAAA